AUAAUUCUCACUCAUGAUCUUUGUUUCUUUAAGCUUUUCUUCCCCAUUGUCUCUCUCUUUCUUAUCCUCUCCUUCUCACUCAAUUCCUUCAAACAUCUCUUUUCUUAAAAAUUUUCCCUUCUUGUCAAAAAUAAAAAAAAUCACAUAUAAAUAAAAACCAAAACCCUAAUUUAUAAAAACAUAUAAAAUAGUUAUAGCUCCCCACUUAUAUAUGCAAAAGCCAACAUCAAGUAUCUUAAAUGUCAUAAUGGACGGUGGAGACAGCGUCGGAGGAGGAGGAGGAGGAGGAGACGAUCACCACCGUCACCUCCACCAUCACCACCGCCCUACUUUCCCUUUCCAACUCCUCGGAAAACACGACCCCGACGACAACCAUCAACAACAACAACAACCUUCCCCUUCCUCCUCCUCCUCUCUCUUUUCUCUCCAUCAACACCAACAAUUAUCUCAAUCACAACCACAACCGCAAUCGCAGCAAAAGCCACAACCGCAGACAACGCAAAAAGAGUUGUUACAAACGCAAGAGGAAUCAGCAGCGGUGGUGGCAGCUAAAAAGCCGCCGUUGAAACGAGCGUCGACUAAAGACCGACACACAAAAGUAGACGGAAGAGGAAGGAGGAUAAGGAUGCCGGCGUUAUGUGCAGCUAGGGUUUUUCAGCUAACGAGAGAGCUCGGUCAUAAAUCCGACGGUGAGACAAUAGAGUGGCUUCUUCAACAAGCUGAACCAUCAGUAAUCGCCGCAACCGGAACUGGAACAAUCCCGGCGAAUUUCACUUCUUUAAACAUCUCUCUCCGUUCUUCAGGCUCUUCUAUGUCUCUUCCUUCUCAUUUCCGCUCCGCCGCUUCAACUUUUAGCCCUAAUAACAUGUUUUCUCCGGCGAUGCUUCAACAACAACAACAACGAGGUGGUGGUGGGUUUCACCAUCCUCAUCUACAGGGACGUGCAACGACGUCGUCUUUGUUUCCUGGUAUUGAUAACUUCACACCAACGACGUCGUUUUUGAACUUCCAUAAUCCGACAAAGCAAGAAGGAGAUCAAGAUUCAGAAGAGUUAAACUCUGAGAAGAAAAGAAGACUCCAAACGACGUCGGAUUUGCAUCAACAACACCAACAUGAUCAAAUCGGAGGAUACACUCUUCAAUCUAGCAACAGUGGAUCUACCGCCACCGCCGCUCAGCAAAUACCGGGAAAUUUCUGGAUGGUUGCGGCGGGUGGUGGUGGUAAUAACAACCAAACAGGUGGUCUUAUGACAGCUUCUAUUGGUACCGGUGGAGGCGGCAGCGGCGGUGGUGAGCCUGUUUGGACGUUUCCUUCCAUUAACACUGCGGCGGCAGCGUUAUACAGAAGUGGCGUUUCGGGCGUUUCAGGCGGCGCAGUUUCGAGCGGUUUACAUUUUAUGAAUUUCGCAGCUCCAAUGGCAUUUCUUAUGGGACAACAACAGCUAGCAACAACUAGUAAUCAUGAGAUUAAUGAAGAUAAUAAUAAUAAUGAAGGAGGAGGAGGAGGAGGAAGAAGUGACGGUGGUGGUGAUCAUCAUAAUACACAGAGACAUCAUCAUCAUCAUCAACAACAACAUCAUCAUAAUAUUCUCUCCGGUAUAAAUCAGUACGGACGGCAAGUUUCCGGUGAAUCUCAAGCUAGUGGAUCACUUGGAGGUGGUGAUGAGGAGGAUCCGCAAGAUUAGACACACACAAAAAAACAAUUUUACGGUGGGAUUUUCUGCCGGCGGCGGUGGCGGUGACGGCGUUCGGCGGCUGUGUUAUACUUUUGUUUUCGCCGUUAAUUUUUUAUUUUCUGUAGUAAGUAAAAAACAAAACACGUGAGAUUUUUUUUUAGUUUUGAUUUUUUUUUUUGUUUACUUUGAUUUAAAUUUGAUUUUUCUUGUGAGUGAGUGAUUAAAUAGUACACGAGAUUUUUUAUGUCAGGUUUUUUGGAUUUUGAGGAGAAUAUGACACUUUUUUAUCAUUA